GCUCCACCUGGUGGACAUUGAGACCUUCACCACUCUUUCGUCAGUACCUUUGGAUAACCACUUAAACGUGCCGAUAGUGAAGUGGGACUAUUUCAAGAAUUACGCGCAUUGCAAAGCAUUCAGGCGCGAUGGAGAGGUCGGAGUUCUGUUUGGUUCGCGAGAAUUCGUGGCCGUGGUGGAUAAGAACAGCAACGAAGUGAAAAUUGUGAAAUCGCACCUGAUGAUCGGCGAUACCUGGGAGUAUUUUCCCACCUGCUGUAACGUAAUAGCUAACCUCGUCGCCUUUGGUCUCUAUAAAAAAGUUCUAGCAUCAAACGAUACCGAACAACAGUCUGACUCAGCUGCAUCGCCACAAAGCGCUAUUAUUGUGCAAGACAUCUCCAGUGGGGUGAUACUGCGCCGAUUUCAGCAAUUGACUAACAGCAUAAUUAGCUGCUGUAAAUUCAGCGAGAACGGUGAAUUCGUUCUCUCCUACAGUCUCGGCGAAGACAAAAUCCGAAUGUGGAAUAUCGACACGGAAGAAUUGUACUCGACCGAGAUUUCUGUGCCAAAUUCAACGCAUCUCGAUUUUCACGUUGUCGACAACGAUUGCCUCAUCAUUCACUCGAUCAGCGGAGAUCAACAAACGAUUGUAAAUGUGUGGCGAGACGGCACCGUGAUCGAAAUCAUACGUUAUGUCGGCGAGGUGCCUAUUGGAGUAUACUACGUACCUGCCGUCGAACGUGCUGUCAUAGUGGAACCUGGAGAUAAUCGAUGGGCCGCCAAAUCAAUGAAAGUGUCGCUGAUCAAUCCUUGGUCAUCAGAACCUCAAAAUAUAGAACGCGUGCUGGAUAGCACGGAGGAAAGCUUUAUGUCGUACUUGGGUGGCGUUAUCGGCUUGCUCGUUACCAGUAAAGAGGAUCAGCUGGACCGACUCGUCUAUCGAGCAGGAAAGCGCGUCGGCUCGUAUCGUAUGAAUGACGUCAUGACGGCGACGCACGUGUCUAGGGAUGACGUCGACACGGCCGGCGAUAAGUUCUACGACAGUGUGUUCACUUCGAACGGAAGCAUGUUGGUUUUACAAACAAUUUACAAAGACGCGGGAAAAAUUAAGCUUGACCUGCUGGAUUCCAAAACCAUCGUUAAAUCCUCCCCAAUGGCGAACACAGUGGAGAUGCCAGAGAGCGACUACGCGGUCUUUCGCCUGAAACCAAUAAUCUCCAAUGACGAUACCAUGGUUCUCGUCGAUUCUGGAAGGUCUAAACUAGAAGUGGGGCGAAGUAAAAUAUACGUCUGGAACAUGGAGACCGGUAAAAUCAGAAAGCUGGCGAAUCCCAGCAUUAGUGAUGGUGAUUAUCACAUCAAGUGUUUCUCCUUCUCUCCCGACAGUCGCAUGAUUUUCGUUAGCUUUAAGCAGGCGCUAGUUAACGAAGACGCUGUCGAUGUCUUCAACGCUGAUUACGCAAGCUACGUGAAACAGUACACGAACCGAGGUGCGUUCAUCCUCUACAUGGAACCCAAGCAGCAGGAGGCGGCCACCUACACGAGUAAGGGCAAACUCUGCUUCUGGAAUUGGGAGUCUGGUGAGAUGAAGCACACCAACGAGGCGCACUCUGUUAUCAGUCACGGCAUCACUAACAGGGAUAGUCUAGCGAUGCCCGCUGCGUGGCACCAGGCUUCCGAGAAGAUUGCGGUCGUACAGGUCGACUACAAAUACGUGCGACUUCUACUGUAUGACAUGCGCAAACGCGAGGCGAAGGAGCUCUCGGGAGCCGAGGUCGAGGACCCCGACGGAGAGUAUGACUACCCGUACAGUUACGUCCUCGCCUUCUCACCCGACAGCGACGGAUCCGUACUCGCCACCAGUGUCGCCUCGGGCGGUAUCACGCUGUGGAACACCCGCCGUUUCACCAAGCAGGUGGUGCUCGACUGCGAAGUGCCAAUCUUCGUGACGGGGGCGUGGCUAUCCACCACUCAGCUGAUCGUCCUACAGGGAGGCGAUACAGACUUCGCCGUGCGCAUUCUUACCUUCUGCAGUUCGGCGGCGAGGCCUUCGCUGAACAACGUCGUCGUCGAAAACUACGUCGCCGUGCCGAGCGAGUCGAUGGCGACCGUGGCGCCAUCUCGCGACGCGCUCGCCAUCGUUAAGGAGAACGUCGGCUUGCUGCUACUGAGCUUCAACGGAUUUGUGAAAAGCGACGCAGCAGUAGCGACGGCCGCGUACGUCUUGGGAGUGAAAUAAACGCGGAGCACACCGCCUUUAGUUUCUAGUAUUUCCGCGUUCUGUGUGUUCGCGUUCGCUCGCACGCAUGCGUGUUUGUAAAUAUUGCGGUAAAUAUAUUAUCAAAUAAUAUAUAUGUAUAAUCGUUCUCUAAAUUGUUAUAUACAUUUUAACAUUUAUCUAUCUAGCCUUAGGUAUAUUUACGCAAUUCAUUCUGUUUUGUGUAUGAGGGGAAGGAGUUAAUUGUGCUUAUACGGAAUUCUAUACGAUAAGUCGAAUGUUUUAUGGCUCUCCAAACUCCUUAUAAACCGCUGCUACGAUUACAGCAAUGUAUCUAUGGGUAUGUACAUACACGCACACACACACACACACACACACACACACACACACACACACACACACAC